CUGCCAACAACAACAACAUGAACAACAGCAACAACAAUUACUUCACAUGCAUACAAAGUAAAUCAAGCAUGUUGUUCUCACUGCUUUUGCCCAUGUUGCUGCUGUGCUGCCUCUGCCCAACAGCAACUGUUGCUUUGCGUCUGACCAACGGCGGCAACAGUCUGAGCAAAGGCGCCACCGCCAACAAGGAACAACUCAACAUCGGCCUCAUCGCACCGCACACGAACUUCGGCAAACGGGAAUAUCUGCGGAGCAUUAACAAUGCCGUUGCCGGACUCACAAAGACCCGGGGAGCCAAGCUCACGUUCCUCAAGGACUAUUCCUUCGAGCAGAAGAACAUCCACUUCGACAUGAUGUCCCUGACGCCGAGUCCCACUGGUGAUGGAAAGGCAGCGAAGAUACGCUUACUGGGCAUCUAACAGUCGAGCAACUCAACUAUAAAAUUCAAUCUAGUGCGAACUUUGAUAGCCCCAAAUUAAGUCAUGCUAAUAACACUGAAACGCAAUUUUAAAGAGAAUUAGACGGUUUUAUACUUAAUAUAUAUGGUUCCAAUUUGACAACUAGUAAGAAGUCAAAUGUUGUUCCGUCUUUAGUUCGUUAUAGAAAUUUAAUAAAUGCGUUUCAUAUUUGUUGUCACUUAAAAUCUUUCUCUUGUGAUCCUUGUGAUUGCUGCUCCAAACAGGAUCAGCAAUCUCAAGGAUGACUUGAGGCAGAUUCUUAAUCAGACUUAUUUGUUGAUCAAACAGGAUAAAAUGAAGUUUAUUUUUAAACCUAGCCAAAUCGAUUGUGGACAAGAAGGUGGCAGAUCAAGCGAAAAUUGAUAAAUGACAACAUUUAAUCGAUCAAUGGGGUUCUAGAAAUCAAAUUUGUGUACAAAUUGUUGUCACAUUCUAACGAUUUUUAAAUAAAAAAGAGGUGCUUCUACCUUUAGUUCCAAUAUAUAUUAUUAAGAGUCGAUUAAACUAAUCUUAUAUCUGUGUUUUCUCCGAGGAAAUAAAACAGAAAACUCUUUGACAAAGUUUGAGAAUAAAACUACGGUAAAAAUUCCUUUCAAAAAAAAAAACACUUUUGAAAAAUUUUAUUUUAUCUGAA